CUGACGUCAAGGCUUCGACUCACAUAGCAGCAGACAGGUCCCUUAAACCCGCCCACACUCAAAACACGAAGCAGUCCCUUUUCUCACUUUCUCCGUGGUUUUCGAGUCUUCGACAAGCUGGGGCGAAGCACAUGAGCGUCAAGCAAACUGGAAAUGUAACGCACUUGACUGCAGUCGUGCAGACGUUCAGUUUCGGACCAUGUACGCACGGAUGGAGCGCUUCCAUCACACAGACGUCGGGCAGAUUUGAAAGGCAUCGGCCGAGAUGCACCGUGGCUGCUGUUACCAAGCGCCGAUCUAUAGUGAUACCGGCCGGGAUUUAUCAUGGUUUUCAGACGGUCUUCUCGGAGAAUGCGGUGGUUGCGAUGUUAUCGGAUGGGGCCCAUAUGGAAAGCACUCCUGGUAUUUGUUCUCAUUGCUUUUGCCGGACAACUUCUGGGAGUCAUCUUCAACAAGAGCUGGAUGCAGACAGAGAGACCUCACUCCCUCUACUAUCUUCCCUCUGAGAAUUCCCAAGGGGAGUCUCUGGGGUCUUGUCAGCCCAGCAUCCACAUCAUGUUCCUGAAGACUCACAAGACCGCAAGCAGCACAGUUCUCAACUUGCUCUAUCGCUUUGGAGAGGAGCGGGGCCUUAAAUUUGCCCUGCCCAUGGGGUAUCAGUUUGGCUACCCACUGCCCUUUAUUGCCCUGAGGGUGAAAGGAUACAGAGGACCUCACCUGGCAGAAUUUGACAUUAUGGGAAAUCAUAUGCGGUUCAACAAACCAGAGGUUGAGAAGGUCAUGCCAGCUGACACCUUCUAUUUCUCCAUCCUCCGAGACCCUGUUGCGCUAGCCGAAUCCUCCUAUGCCUACUAUAAAAAUGUUGCCCCUGCCUUCAGGCGUGUCAAAGGACUGGGCGAAUUUGCAGACAACCCCUAUAAGUACUACGACCCCAGACUUCGAAACAACCAUUAUGCCCACAACCUGAUGUGGUUUGAUUUUGGUCUGGAUCAUACCUCCAACUUCAGCUUUGCGCUGGUCAAGCGCGGUGUGGCAGCAGUGCGUCAGAACUUCAAGCUCAUCCUUAUCUCAGAGUAUUUCGACCAAUCUAUGGUGCUGCUCCGCCAUGCUCUGUGCUGGCCGUUAGAUGCUGUGGUUUCCUUUAGCCUGAACGCCAGGCAGCAGAUGCCCCGUGGAAGAUCAGGAUGGGUGGGCAAGGCUGCAGCUCCAGCUCCUUUGGCAUUAACAGACAAGCAAAGAUCGAAAUUACGUGAAUGGAAUGCACUCGACUGGCACCUUUACCAAGCUUUUAAUCUCACUUUCUGGCAGGAAGUCGAGCGCUUCGGGCGCAGUCGAAUGGAGUCUGAGGUGGCCUUGCUGAGGACCAAACGGGAGGUUCUCACUCGCAUCUGUUUGCGUGAUGGGGGCCGCCCCGUAGAGGCCAGUCGCAUCCGUGACAAGACCAUCCGCCCUUUCCAGAGUGGAUUAGUGAAGAUCUUGGGUUACGAGUUGCAGUCGGGACUAGAUAAUGCCACGUGGGAAGCUUGCCUACGCAUGAUCAGGCCUGAGAUACAAUACAAAGACUUGCUGGAUCUUCGGCAGUUCCCCCGAGCCCAGCAACCCCCAGCCGCUGGAGGGCUUCCAGUAAAGGGAGAGUCCUCAAUACUCAGGACUGAAGACCAUGGGGGAAAGAGGUUGGUGGAGAAGGACUGGGAUGGGACCAUUCUGUUUCGGAAUCUAACAUUGGGUCAGGUUGAUUCAAAAGUUAGACUUAGAUAGUGAGCUAGUUGCACCUUUUUGCCUCAAGGUCAGUAGUUCUGACCCAUUUUGGCUCCACAGGCCUCUGUGCUGCACUACUAGAGGAGAAGGGAUAUCCAAGACAUACAACACACCACUUUGUCAUUGACUUUUCCUUCCUCCAUCUUGCCCAUCUACAUUCUAUUUUAUAGAAAACAACAUUUGUUGAAUGUUCAGCAUUUGUUGAAUGUCCAAAGUGGUUUGUGAUUAGAUGGCAGUGGCUAGAAUGAUAUAAUGGGUCCGUGUACGUUUUGAUAGUUUGUUUUCCAAUUUGAAAUGAAAUAAGCAGAAACGAGAAAACGGCCCCUUUAUUCGUUUUUCGUUUUUUUGAAAAAAACGAAAAACGAGAUUUCGGCUUGAUUUUUCGUUUUUUAGUUCAGAGGCAUAAAACGAAUAAAUGACUUCAAAAUUCGUUUUCCACAUGUGGACGGUCCUAAGACGCCCCCUUCCGCCGAUUGGUCAAGCAAAUCUGAGCACGUGACGUCAUCAGUUGUCGCUCAGGUCUGUUCAACAAAAUAAUAGUCCUCUAACGUUACUAUGGCUACCGAUUCUUAAACUGUGCAGGGCAGGUCCUGUUGGGCUUUCUUCUGUGCAACUUUACGCGUUUCACAGAAAUCUUUACAUCAGAAAUAUUAAAUAUUAGUCUGCCACCAGCCCGUUUUAAUUAGCGGUGCGGAGUUAAAUCUGUGUGGUGAAGCUGCGCUAGACAGCGCCGAGCGGGAGAGGAUCAAUGACCAGUGUUCGGUCAGCAGUCAGAACUUGGUACCGAUGAUGAUGAAAUACAUUUUUACUGAAAAUGACCCGCGAGUAUGAUUGACAGGACGAUAGCGGAGACAAUUAAAAGCGCAAUAUAACGUCUGUUAACAAAAAAAAAAAAAAAAAAAAAAAAAUAUA